UUUUUUUUCUUUUAUUACAGAUAUUUGUGUCGUUUAAUGGAAAUGCGUGAAAGUCUUCGAAUUAUACUUCAAUGCUUAAAUAAAAUGCCUAGAGGGGAAGUUAAAGUGGAUGAUCAAAAAAUUAUGCCUCCAAAUCGAGCAGAAAUGAAGGAAAGUAUGGAAGCAUUAAUUCAUCAUUUCAAAUUCUUUACUGAAGGAUUUCAAGUUCCGCCUGGUCAUGUUUAUGUUCCUACAGAGGCGCCUAAAGGGGAAUUUGGUGUUUAUUUAGUGGCUGAUGGAACGAGCAAACCUUAUAGAUGCUUUAUUCGUGCUCCGGGAUUUGCUCAUUUGGCAAAAAUUCAUGAUAUUAGUUAUAUGCAUUUAAUUCCUGAUUUGGUAGCUAUAAUUGGAACGUUGGACGUUGUUUUUGGAGAAAUUGAUAGAUAA